AUGCAAAGUUCAGUCAUGUUAGCUCAAUAUGGAAUGCUAGUGAAGAGAACCAAAACAUCUGGAAAAUCUCUUAAACCAGUUGUUGAAGAACAAAAGAUUGACAACUUUGGAUCGUUCAAUGUCUUCACUUACACCAAGAAAUUCUUGAACGAACCAGCAGGAAGGAUUAACGCGAAUGUUCCAAAACAUGCAACCAACGACACUCCAAAGAGUAAUCUCGUUAUGAAGAUUAAGAAGACUGGCAAUGGCCAUUGGAAAGAUCUGGUGCAUGAAAGUGACGUUAAAAAAUGGAGAGGAAAAAGAAUAGCAACGAAAGAAGCGAUUUCACCACCGAUUAACAAUACUAAAUUACCUGACCAUGCAUUUGAAAAGCCUAAUGGAAUCCCUUCUAAUAAUAUCAUUUCCAUCUCCACUUAUAAUUCCCCAAUACGGAAUGCUAGUGAAGAGAACCAAAACAUGGAAAAUCAUCCAAACUAG